AUGCAAGGAAUAAGUUUGGAAGACAAGCUUGCUGCUUGUCUAAGAUUUUUCGCUGAAGGAAAGUACCAGUUAGGCAUCGGAAAGGACUAUAAUAUAGCCAUUGCUAGAUCAACCUUCUCCAAAGUGUUGGAUCAACUGAUCCCACCUUUGGAGAAAGCUAUUUGUGGGGAGUGGAUUUCGAUUCAAAUGACAGAAGACGAAAAACGCGACGCCAAAAGAUUUUUCCGUGAAAAAUGUGGAAUAGAAGACAUCUUAAUGUGUGUGGAUGGUACACACGUAAAAAUAAAAAAACCAACACAUCGACCAAUGCGGUUCUUAAACCGAAAAAAAUACUAUAGCCUAAAUGUGAUGAUAGUAUGUGACCAUAAUUACCGCAUUCGAGCAGUGGAUGCACGAUACCCUGGGGCAAACCAUGAUGCACAUGUCUGGCGAAUGAGCUCAGUGAAGAAUAAAUUUGAAGAAUGGCAUAAUAUUGGUGAUGCGGUUAAAAUACUGGGAGAUGCUGGCUAUCCUGCAGAGCCAUGGUUAAUUCGUCCGUAUCGAGCGCCAGAGGAUGGUUCGGCUGAAUUCGUCUUUAAUACUCGACAUGCAAGAGCUCGAAGCAUAGUAGAACGCACAAUUGGAUUAUUAAAAAAGAAAUUUAGUUGCCUUCUCGGAGACAACGGACAGCUAAAUUAUGCACCAGAAAAAUGUGGAAGGAUGAUUAAUAUAUGUUGUGCUCUACACAACAUGUGUAUUCAAAAUAAUAUUUAUUUAGAAAACGAAAUAAUAACGAUAGACAAUAGAGAAGGUGACGAAUAA